AUGGCCACUGAACAACACCGUCGCCCUGCCUCGCAGUCCAAGUUGCCUGUGGGGCUGGCAGGUGUCCUCAACGACGAGAACCGUGACUCGGCAUACUACUCGAACACCUCGAGCAAGCACACGUCAGCAGCCUCGGGCUUUGGGAUACCUUUAUAUCAUUCUGCGCAGGACAAGACGCCCUCUCCGACCACCAAUAUACCAAUUCCCCAUGCCUUAGUAUCCCCGUCGAGCCACAUGAGCGUAGCAUCAAUGGUAUCUCCUACGUCGUCCGGGAUGGGGCGCUUCGAUCGACCGCAGUCGCUGGAAUCCGUUCAUGGCAUACCGUUAGGAGGGACAGCGAGCGCAGGACCCGAAUCGCGGCGUGAGAGUGUGGACAGCAGGAUGAAUCAGAACUUCAACGACAUGCGAUUGAGCGGGUCGCCGUACACGAGCCAGAACCAGUCGACGACGUCGAUUCAGGGAACCUUGGCGCAACAGCGAAACCCGCGCGUGGGACAGGACCACCACUCUCUCAAUAGGAUGUCGAAUGGGUACCAGCCCAGUAUGGAGCGCACUCCGGACGGUCUGCCUAAGGUCGCGAGGACGGCACCGGCCAUUACUGGUCCAGCGACGAGUACUAUCGCAAGAGCCGCGGAACCGACUAAGGGUCAAGCCUGGGCCUUCCCGGAGGAGGAAAUACACAGAAUGCCUAAUGGCGGGACGUUUUUGGACUCGAGGCGAAGCAGUAUUGCCGACUCGAUAGCCAGCAGCCAGUUCACCACGGAGUCCCGGCUGCCGCCUGGGCAGCGGCGACUUGAUGACGGCCUUGGACCAGACUACCACCGCUUGUCAACCAACUCGACCGACUUGCAGACAAUCCACCACCACAGCCUGCAGCACAAGCAGCUGUCGGAUAUGCACAGUGAGGAAUCCAGCCCGCAAGGCGGCGCUCAGCCGUAUAGCAGGACACCCGAACUUCGGGUCAGCCACAAGCUUGCAGAGCGGAAAAGGCGGACAGAAAUGAAAGAGCUUUUCGAGCAGCUGCGUGAUUUGAUGCCUCAAGAGCGUGGGUCGAAAGCGUCCAAAUGGGAGAUUCUUACCAAAGCAAUUGCGGAGCAUCAACGACUGUCAGACAACAUCAAGUCGCUGUCCGGUCACUGCCAAAACGCGCUCCAAGAGAAUGAACGGUUGCGCAUGGAAAACGCACAGUUGCGAGGAGGCACGCCAGCCAUGCCACCGGGCCAGGGACCUGCGAGUCAGCCCCCUCAACAAGCCCCUGCAGACUCAUAUGCACAAGAUCCCUAUGGGCGAGCCCCUCGGCCAGAACUCCCGCCACUGAGAGCUUUGAGCAACAACCUUCCAAACCCACCAGACUCUAUGACUGGUGUUCAAUAUGAAGGGCAGCGAUUGAACGGCUACCGGCAAGAGCGGUAUUAG